ACACUUAUGAACAAUUACAGUAGUUAAAUCUUCCACCCACUCCCCCGCUUUUUAUAUCAUCUUCUUUCAGCCCCUUCAUGUACUUCACUUUUCCUCUGCAUUUCUGUACUUUCCUCAGCUCCGCUAAAUCUCUUUUUCUCUCUCUCCCACAAACAUGGUGCAAUCAAAGAAGUUCAGAGGAGUCAGGCAGCGUCAUUGGGGUUCUUGGGUAUCUGAAAUUCGACAUCCUUUACUGAAGAGGAGGAUAUGGCUAGGGACAUUUGAAACGGCAGAAGAGGCAGCUCGAGCCUAUGACCAAGCUGCAAUCUUGAUGAGUGGCCGCAACGCCAAAACCAAUUUUCCUGUAUCUCAAACGCCAAACGGAGACCCAAAGUCCACUGAACAUUCCUCAAGUACUGCUAAUACUGCUGCUGCUGCUCCACCUAAUGGUUUAUCUGAAAUCCUGCACGCCAAGCUUCGAAAGUGCGGCAAAGCACCAUCUCCUUCCAUGACAUGUUUGAGGCUUGACACAGAGAACUCCCACAUUGGGGUGUGGCAAAAGCGAGCUGGGCAGCGCUCUGAUUCCCACUGGGUCAUGACCGUGCAGCUUGGAAAGAGAAACCAACAGGUUUCUGAUGGUACAUUACCAUUGGCUGAGUCGUCGGGGACUCCACCGGGGCCGCAGUUGAGAACAGAGAUGGAUGAAGAAGAGAGAAUUGCACUGCAAAUGAUAGAAGAGCUUCUCAACAGGAACUGUCCAAGCCCAUCAUUUGGUGAUCAAGAUGGUGAUGAUGGUAGCUUCUGUCUCUGAAUUUCUUAUGGGUUUGGUUUCUUAAUUUGAAGGAAGCAAAGUGUUUGUAUAGGUUGCAUGAGACUUCCUAGUUGCUGCUAGAGUUGCUGCGUCACAGUCUAUGUUUGGUCUUAGUUUGUGCACCCAAGACAGGAAGAAAAAAAAAACACAAAAAAAGAAAAAAAAAUUGUCAAUUUCCACCUCAUUUCAUUUGUUGUUCCAUAAAUAUAAUGGGUGGAGAGGAAAAUGUGAAGAAAAGUUAAGGAGAAAUUAGAAAUUUAUGCUCUCCAAGAAGGCUUGAGCAACUAAUUAUAACCUGUUUAGUUGAUUCUAAAUAAUAAUUAAUGGAAUUAAUUGUGAUUUC